AUGGGCGUGGGGAUAGACUUCUUUUCGGCGGCCGUCCUAAACUGUUUCAUCGCCAAAUCUUCGGAAGUUGACAUAGCGGCUUCACUCGAACAUCGUUUACUUGGCAAUGAAGCCAUACAAAAUCAAGACUAUAAUCAAGCUCGAGAUGAAUAUACCAAAGGAAUUUUGUUAAAUCCCAAAGAUUUCUUGUUGUUACUGAUCACUCUGCUCUGGCUUACCUCAAAAACAUGGCAAACUCCACUGAUAAACUUGGAAGAUGGCUUAUGA